ACUACCUCAGUCACAUCAUUCAUUUUUGAAUUUGAAGAUUUGCCAAUUUGUCUACUUAUAUUAUCAUCUUCGACGCUCCACAGCAACGUUCCACUUGCAAAUUCAAAUCAAUUUGGCAGCAAAUUCAGAUUUAGUAAACAGAUCCUUGCAUUCAAAUGGCGGAUCCCGAAUCAACUUCUCCUCUUGACUCCUCCAAGAAAGAGAAUUUGGCUCCAACUCAAGCCAAAAUUGCGGAGUUGAAUGAAUCGAGAACGGAGUUGUUGGGUAGGAUACAGAGUUUAAAACAAGAUUUGCAUAAAUGGAGGUCCAAUUUAGAUACUCAAGUUCAAACCUAUCGCAGUGAACUUGUAGGACUCCGGAAAUCUUUAAUUGUUGAAGUUAAUCAACUCCGAUCAGAAUUUUCAGAACUAAGAACAACGCUGCAGCAACAACAGGAAGACGUGGCUGCUAGUUUGCAAAGUCUGGGGCUGCAGGAUCUUCCACAGGAUCCCGUAACAAGUACAAGUACAAAUAGAUAUGAUAAAAUAGACGAUGAAGGAAACAAGCAUCAAGCUGAGGCUAACGAACAUGGAAGUUCAAAUGGAAAAACCAAUGCAGAAGAGUCUAUAAGUGAAGGAAAUGGCAUAGAAGUUCAUCUUUCACCAACAGAUGAUAUUGAUUCAAUCGAGUCCAACCAUUGAUUUGAUUUCGGGUUAGUCUUGUUGUAUUUCAGACGAGGUAUUCCUAACAGCACGCGUUACAUAUUCCUAUCGGUCACAGUUUGUUGCCGCACCAAAUUAGUAAGUAUUUGAAAACUGGUAUAUCUCAAACUUUGCAGAUUCUUGUGAAAAUUACAGGUAUUAGCUUUGGCUGGUGAGUGUUCAAUAGAAGUAUGGUAUCUUGCAUAUUGUUUACAAUUACAAUACAGGGGUGCAAAUGAACUUAAUAUUUUUGAA